CAUAGAGCAAAGAAGAAAAACUAACAAAUUUUAAUAGCGCCUUUCUAAAAACUAGAACUAACAUUAAAAAACGAAUAAUAUUCAUCAGAGAAAACCCAUAAAUUUUUUCAGUUAAAUUAAGAGGAAACUUCUCUGUCGAAGGAAAAGAAACUGAAAUCUUUACACACUACUGUCAAUUUUAAAUAAUUUGUUUUAACAUAGGUUUUCGCAAUUUUGUAUUCUGUUAUUUUUAAGUUUUUAUAUAAACACAUUUUUAAAGAGUUGCAGAUAUCGACGAAAAUUAUUUAAGAAACCUACCAGUGAGAUUGUUGUCAUAGAAUCAAUAAAAAUAUGAGUUUUAUUGAUUUUCGGAAUUAAAUUAGAUAGGAGAAUAUUUUGAAUUGAAAAACGCAAAAUGUUUGGUGGUUUUCGGUGCACGGUCCCGGCUGAUGCCGAUCGUAAAGUAGAUACAUCCAAUAACCUUUUUAUAGAGACUGUUAUGGAGCAAGAGCGGCGUGUAAAGGAUUUAAAAGCUCAGGAAAUACAAAUGACAGCCGAGAACCCACGUAUACGCACUCAGCAAGAAACAACAGAUAUUUCAAUAGAACUAAAAGCACAAAAAGUUGAAGAUUUCCUAGAUAAAAAACGACGACAACAGCUUCGUCAAAAUAACUUGGAUCUGCGGCAGUUAGAAAAACAGUUGAAAGCGGCAUUUAUCUCUAAACAACUAGCAGAGCAAAAGGUCGCAACCGACAAACUAAAGCUGGAGCAAAUGAAAAAGAAACGAUUAGAGGACGUUGAGUUUGAUGCGGAGCAAAAGCGUUGCAAAGAGGCACUAGUGGAAAUAGAAAAGAAAGAAAUAAAAAAGAAACAAGAAUUCCGCAACGUUCUCCUGGGUCAAAUGGAGGAAUCCCAACAACGACGAAAAAUUGAAUAUACUGAAGUUUUAAAAGAAAGGGAUGAGAUGCAAAAAUUAUUGCAAAAGUACAAAGCAGAGCACGAAGCUGAAUUAAUGGAAAUUGAGCGAAGAAAGGAAAAUGCGAAAAAGGAAAUGGACGAGUUCAAAAGACUGCAAGACGCUCUUAAAUUAGAAAAUAUGGCUCAAAAGAUGGAUGAAGUGGAACGAUUCCAGGCAAUGAUGAAGGAACGGGAAGAGAAGAAUUUACAAACCAAAUUGGAAAGAGAAGCUGAAACCCAAAGGAGAGCAGAACUAAGUGAUCGAAUUGGACAACAGUUGUAUAAUGUUGAAAGCGAAAAACGAAAACGCGAAAAUCUUUUGUUGGAUUUAUUGGUUGAGGAACGAAAUACAAAUGAAGACAUCAGAUAUAAACAAAAUCUAGAAAAACAAUGGAACGAUCGCUUACAAAUGCGUAGAGAAUUUGAGCGUUAUCGUGCGGAACGAGAUCGUCGUAAACUUGAGCAAGAGCAAAAUGAAGACGCUAUAUUCCUCGCUGAUAUGCGAAAACAGUUGGCUGAACGCGAUAAAUUAGAUCAAUUAGCGGAUGAAAAACGCCGUCAAAAAAUAAGAGAACAUGGUCGAGCAAUACAGGAAAUGAUUGAGUUGCGUCGACGUCAACGUGCCAUUGAUGCUGCUGAAGAGAUUAAGUGGCAUGAAUAUUUGUUAAGCGAAGAAAGGAAACAAUUGAAAAUGGUUGAAGACGAACGCCUACAAAUGCUCAAAAGUGCUCCAGUCGACGUAUUGCGGUACCUUCCUUCUGGUGUGUUAAAGGAUACAGAUCGAAAAAUUCUUGGUCUUCCCAAUCAGGGUAAAAAAGCUUAAUUUCUGCAUUUGUGUUAAAAUAUUGUACCUGUUUUGUUUUCAAAUGAAAUUAUUUUAUGCCUUCUAUUUUAUUAAUAAAUUCUUUUAUACCUACUAAUGAUAUAAAACUUGUUCUAUAAGCUUACCUAGAAAAGCAAUCUAGUAACAUACAUAGAUGAAUAACCAAGGUUUAAGCAGAGAAUAUUGAAACAUUGUAGGUGUUCGAACAACUAGAUAGCUGCACCAACAUUUGGACAAUUUUUUGUAUGUCGCAUAUGAUGUCUUUACUGCCGUAGUGAUUAAAACUCGAACAAUCCGAUUUACAUGGGUAAAUCACAUUUUUCUUUCUGAUUUUCUUAACCAUUGUGCAUCCCUAAUAGCUACCUUAUAUUCUUAGCAUUAAUAUAAUAAAUUCGAUUCGACUUUCCGACUUUUGUAGAAAGUUGUCCGUGUUGCAUUAUCAUUACUAUCCGUGAACCUAGAAGAAAACACAUUAAAUUGGAAAUAUUAUACACAUCAUUGUAUACAGCAGGAGUAUUUUAUUAUAAAAAUUUGGGAAAUGUGAAAUCUAGAGUUCCAAUAAUCGAUAGGUUUGAGCAACAAACUUUUUUCUGUAUGAACGCAGCUUUAGGUAGAACAAAAUGUCAAAAAUAUUGUCAAUUAUGAUUUAUUUAAUAAGAAACGGCAACACUGUUUGGGUUAUCCAUAAAGCAAAAUAGUUUAAUUGCACGUGUGUGUCUAAUUAUUGCGACUUUCUAUUACUAUUAAAUUAUUUACCGAUUUAACAAAGUGCAAUGCCUCCAAUUCGAAAAAAUAAAUCCGACAGUUCUAGUAGAAGAGAGAAGCAGACUCUGGAGUCCAGUGGCGUUGUUUCAGGACAA